AUGCCCUUUAAGGGACCCGACGGCUCAGGGGCGUCCGGUGGGCCCCGCCCCCACGCCGCCGCCAUCUUGUUGUUUUUUCCAGUUCCUCCCGGCCGCGCACGUGGCACGUCGCUGCGGAAGCCAAGGUGCCGCCCCACUUCCGGCCAGGCCGGUUCCAGCCGGCCGCGGCCCGCAGACGCGCGACUGCCCCCUGGCGGGCGGCCGCUCUGGGCCCCGCCCGGCCCCGCCGCCAUUGCCUCCCUUGCCGGCCGCACGUACGCGCGCGCUACCAGUCCCGAGCGCAGCAGGGCGCGUGUGGGCGGGGCUGCCGGCGGCGCCCGCGCCUGUGCGGCCACGUUGCGCUUGGGUUCAACCGGGGUCACCUGCAUCCUUGCACGCAGUUUGAGCCGUAAGCGCUGUACAGUUGCAUGGAGGGGUUUGGGUACGCGGUGCUCGUUGUACCUGAGGGCUUUGAAGCAGGAGCCCCCACCCCGGUGUUCGGAUGUGUGUGUUCCAGACCCUGUUUGUCCCCGCGGUGGGGGCCCCGGCUCCCGGGUCCCAGGAGGUCCCCUGCCUUCCCCACGCCCGUCGCGCUUCCUUUCAAUAGCGUGUGUUAAGAUCGAGGCCGUGCAUGUGGUGCAUCUUGGCGUAAUCUGCAAGCAGCCUUUGCGAUGGGAGGUGGUCCAUUUAUUAAGAAAAACACUUAAGGUCAAGAUCCACCAACCUUCACUGUUACUCUUCCCCCGAUGGAGGAAAACAGUACAGAGGGAUUCUCCGUCAGCUUCAGUCUCUGUCCAGCCUCCACCUGGAAGCCACAGCUCUGCUAACACACAGGAUAGUGUAAUGGAGACAAACUCGGACUCUGGGGUCAGGCUGUCCAAGUUCACAUUCCUGCUUUGCCGAUGGGCUGCGUGA